CGUACAUAGGCGAGUGAUGCGACAUCGACGCGUGAUCUUUAUCGGUGUCUGUUGCUGAGGAGAUGUGGGCGCGGCUUGUAGCCAUCAGCACUUAUGAUUGGAUCAACGUAUGUCAGAUUUAUGCAAAUAUCCCGCGCGGGUGGCUCGCGUGCACAUUUUGACAUGUAGCUUAUCGGAUUUCGACAAAUGAGAGAGAUACUUGAAUUAUUCCGUUACUUCUCAGGACUUGAAAGAAAAACACCGGUUAUGUGCUAUAGAAUGGUAGAAACUCCACGAGAAUGCAUUUCUGAAUAGUUUGGAUCCGCCGGAAUGAGUAACUGUGCCGAUAUGAUGUAUCCGCUGUACCCUCCGUACUUUCCACAUAAAACCCCCACCAAUGACAUAUCGAAAUACGGUUCCACCGGAAGUGCCCCUUUGUAUGACCACACAAACAACGCGUAUCCUUCCAUCCCGGAUACUGUCAACACGAACGGUUCUAGGAAUGCCGACUUGGGUAGCACCAAUGUCGACAUGGAGAGUCAACCCAAGGCGUCUCAGUAUGUCAACCCCAACUGUGUGCUACUAAAUUACUUCACCGGUGACACAGCGACAGUUGUGGACGAACAUUUUUCUCGUGCACUGAGUCAGCCGAGCAGCUUCACGGCCGACCGUGGUACGACACCACUCCGCAAAACAGACAAACCACUGAUGUGCCAUCGAAAGUUACCGCCGUCGUUCUGGAAUAGUUCGUACCGUCCCCCGGCAACUACCAAUCCUUUGGGACCCUCGGGAGGGGGACUUGAUUACUCCAGGGACACGUACUUCAGUCCCUCCUGGUACUCUCUACAGAACAAUUGGCCGUACAGACUUCCUUCCCACGGACACUCGGAGCUUGGACAAAGUCUGUCCUACUCGUCCCUUGACACUUCCAGCAAGUUGAGUAAUCCCUACCAGUCCUUUGUGUUUCCAGCAAAUUAUGAUUCCAGACCUUCUAAAUUUGAAUUUUCCAAAAACAUGGAUCCCCUGAGCGGAUCUAGUGGCUACUACGGACUCUCAAGAUUAGGCAUGGACUUUCCGUCAAAAAGCAACAUUGAAAGUACUGUGUCUGGUCUGGAGUACCAGCUUCAGUCGGCACGGAGAGAAUUGUGUUGGUGACGUCAAUACAACAUUGAUGACAAACUUCCGGUGUCAUGUGUGCAUAAACUAAACACCAAAGAUCUAUCGUAGGUCUUCGCCUAAUUGUGGUAUCAUGAUUUCUCGUCAGCAGGGACGUGACUAUUCGUUAUUAUGAGGAUUUACUGAGCACGUGACAUAUGUGAUAAGAGUUCUAUGUUCCGUGCAUUGUGAUCAAAGUGCCAAAUUGUUGUGAUUGAAAACGCAUGCAGGACAGUAACACAUAAUACGGCGUACCCAGAUGUACCCAGGCGUCUGCAAAGUCCCUGGAAAAUUAUUCACAGUCAAUAUUGAAAUGAUUGGGAUAUAAAAUAAAGCUGUGAUACAGAUGUAAACGUCUACCUGUGCGAAACUGAUGAUACAGGUGUAGAUGUCUACCUGUAUAGGACUGAUGAUACAGGUGUAAAUGUCUACUGAUACGAGACUGAUGAUACAGGUGAAAAUGACUACCUGUACGAGACUGAUGAUACAGGUGUAAAUGACUACCUGUACGAGACUGAUGACACAGGUGUAAAUGACUACCUGUACGAGACUGAUGAUACAGGUGAAAAUGUCUACCUGUGUAGGACUGAUGAUACAGGUGUAAAUGUCUACCGAUACGAGACUGAUGAUACAGGUGUAAAUGUCUACCGAUACGAGACUGCUGAUUAAGGUGUAAAUGUCUACCUGUACGAGACUGAUGAUACAGGUGAAAACGUCUACCUGUGUGGGACCUGUGUUAAAGGUCUGUGUGUGUUAGAAUGUAUUUAAGACACGUAGACGACUGUUGAUAUCUGACAGAAUAUUUGGAAAUCAAAAAUACAAUAUCUAUGCAUUCCUUCCCUACUCUAGCCGGAAUCCGCCGGUAUCCCGGUCAUUACAUAUCGACAGCAUCAUACGUAUAUAUUUGUCGAUUUUCAUUUUCAGCUUAUUAAUUGUAUCUGUUUAUAUGUGUUAUUUGAAAUGACAAUUUUACACGCUAACUUUCUAACCCUCUACGCAAAGACUGCUUCACUGUGCCGGCAAAACCUUAUGUGCAAAUUUAGCAUUUUCUAUCUGAGUAGAAGCGAGUACAUUGUUUUGUCGUAGGAUCUAACAGAACAAGUAACAAUUGUGUACAAUAGUUACAUAUUACGCACUGUUUACUGUCAAUAUUUUAUCAAAUAGAGUAUACUUUACACCUGGAAAUGAAACACAUUCAAUAGUAAAUGUGUUUAAAGUAUAUAUACCGUUACCAAGUGAAGUUAAACUCGGGUUUCUAUGAUAUAAAGAGAGUCAUAUCUGAUGACGUCACGAAUGACAGGAAGGGCUCCCACCCAAAAUAGUGUCAAGUACGGACAGAGAGAUCCAACAGAUACCUAUUCUUUGACGCGUCUGUCUCAAAGAGUCCUUUAAAAUUCCUGGAAUGGAGCCGAAACUUUUAUACCGAUCACUUCGCUCCCUUUGAUUUCCUCUAUUCCUGUCGGUAGUCCAGAAGAUAAAACACGCUGUAUGGGAUUUACACAAAUUUGAAACGCUGUUCUAAGCAUUCCCAUGAAACUUCAUAGAAUCUUGAGCAUUUCUCUUAGUAUUAUUGAUAUACAGGACCCAUAUUCAUUUACGCGUUGUUUUACCUUUAUACAAAUUGCUGUCGUUUUGGAUCUCGCUAUACACUGACAAUGUUGGCAUAUCUUUUGCUUCAUGGGGGUUGGUUUGUUGCAUUUAACGACAAAAAUCCGUAAUGUUUCUCCGGUAAGGAAUUGUUUAUCAUUCUUCACGCACGUGUUUCUUCAAACAACAGCUUGCCUUACUAUGUUCUUCCGUCAAACAACAAAUAAUUUGCAUUAGUUUGUUCCAUAAAAAGACAGCUAACCUUCAUUUAUUCAUUCAUAGCAUCGACAUCUAACUUAUCUGUGUGUUCUGUAAAACGACAAAAAUUUACAAUUGUAUUCCGUAAAACAGCUAACCUAACAUUGUGUUCCGUAAAACAGCUAACCUACCACUGUGUUCCGUAAAAUGACAUCUAACCAAUCUUGUGUUCCAUAAAACAUCUAACCAAUCUUGUGUUCCGUAAAAUGACAGCUAACCCAUUUUUGUGUUCCGUAAAACAGCUAACAUACUUUUGUGUUUAAUAAAACGACAGUUAACCUACCAUUGUGUUCUGUAAAUGACAGCUACUGUAUUAUUGUCUGUUCCCAGUAAAACAGAAGCUUACCUUCCUUUGUUUGUCCCGUUACUGCAGUAAAGCAGUGUGUUGUGUGUUCACAAAGAACUGUAUAGAUAAAACAUAUGUAUAUAUUAUUAUAGAAUCGGAUGUAUAUUUCUCUAUGACGUUUUAUGUAAAUAAGAUAUACAUUUUACUGUGAGAAUCAAUGUAAGAAUGGAGAGCUGUGUGAAGUAAAGAAUAAAACAAAGAAAUAUUAA